CACACACCCACACGCCACACAACGCAUAGCCGAGCACAGCAACCCACACACGCCAACCAAGACACAACCGGCGCAAAGCUUCCCCGAGCCGCGUUUCAUCUUUUCGGAACCAAAGCCCUUCCCGCCAAGAUCUACGAGAGACUUCCAAGCAAGCCGCCACACAGAUUAAGUGACAGCUUUAGCGCACAUGGUUCCUCCUUCGGCCAGGAUGAGGCUCUCUCCUACCAUGACGCUUCUUGCCGCGGUCUCCGGAGCCUUCCUGGCGAGCGUGCCGGGUGUCGAAGGCGUUAAGGCUAUCUUCGAUUUGCGAACCGGGGACGACUACGAGAGCGACAACAACUGCGUGGACUCCGAGGCUAGGAAGGUGCGCUAUCUGCAGAUCGAAGGGUUCGACUACAACUCGUCGCCUUGGAUGCAAAUGACGUGGAGGCAAUUGACCGAUGAGUGCGGCAACGCCGUCACGGACGGUUUUUCCGAAACCGUAACUUACGACGGCGAUUCCAUCGAAGACGGAGACCGGCUGCAGAUGGACAUGUACAUCUGCGCCCCCUGGGGAAACUACGAGCUGGAACUCGUCUCCAAGAGCACCAACGGCGGUAACGCGAUGGAGAAGAUCGCGUGGGAGGUCGAGUACGGCCCUGACGAGUACCACAUCUGGGACACCCUGAACACUCCCUUCUUCGACGACAGCCUGGACUACGCCCCUAUCCCCUCCGGCAGCGGAGAGGAGGAAACAUUCACCUUUCCUCUGGAGGGCUCCGAGGGGUACUACUCGGUCAUGUACUCGGGACCGUUCCCUCCGCUGGAAUGCAGCAACCUGCACCCCUCCGGCAUCACGUACGAGGGGUGCUACAGCGCGGGGAUAUUCGGCACCGCCGACGGGCCCACAGGUAGCGCCAACGAUGCCGACCCGGCCGAGAACUACCGCAUGUUCGACGGCAUCGACGACGACGGGGUGAAUGCUGACAAGGUCAUGACGCUGGAGAAAUGCGCGGCCACCUGCACAGCUCAAGGAACGCAGUACUUCGGUCUCGAGUCCGCGGUCAAGUGCCUGUGCGGCGACGAGCUGGUGGGCAGCCCUACCGACGAUGUCUACGGCGACGGGGGCUCCGUGUGCGGCAUCGACAUCACGUUCGGCGGCGACGUCCCCGAGUACAAGUACCUGUGUUCCGGCGACUCCCGCGUGCUGUGCGGCACCGACGACCACAUCUCGGUGUACUCCCUUGACGGCAGCACCGGUGGCGGCGACGACGACUCCGGCGACCCUCCCGUCGGCUCCGAGCUUAUCGGAUGCGUUGCCGACAGCCAAGACGAUCGGGUGAUGUCUGAGGGACCGAUGUCGGCCGCCACCAUGUCCGCGGAGAUCUGCCUCGGGAUUUGCUCUGAAAUGGACUCGUCGUACACCCACUUCGGCACCCAGUACGGGGAAGAGUGCUGGUGCACAGGAUCGCUCGGGACAACCGAGACCUCCACCGCCUGCACCUACCCCUGCGCUGGAAACGCUGGCGAAACCUGCGGCGGCUUCGACGCCCUNUGGUGAGUUGUAGGACAGAUAAUUCUCACCUCACGCUUGUAGUAGAGAACACGGAUGAGCUACAGAAGGGAGUGGGGGGUAUCUCGCCAAUGUUGCUGAUGGGGAGCGCGCGCGACAGCGAGAGAGGAAGAGAUAGUAACAGAGAAACAGAGAACUUAGGGUACACUACGCGCCAAAAGUAUUGAGCCUUGGUUCCU